AUGGUAUUUUUACAAGAAAAAUCACUAAAAGAAUUAGACCCUAUUAUGUACGAGCUAAUUAAUGAGGAGUAUAAUAGACAAAUCAGUGGACUAGAAUUGAUAGCAUCUGAGAAUUUCGUUUCAGAGGGAGUUUUGGAAGGUUUGUCAAGCACAUUUUCAAUGUUUAAUAAUGAUAAUAAAACAGAGUUAAACUCAAAAGUUACACAAGAAUUAGUAGAACUUACAAAUAAAAGAGCCUUAAAAGCAUACGGGCUGGAUCCUGAACUGUGGGAUGUGAAUGUAAAACCACAUAGUGGUUCUCCUGCAAAUUUUGCAGUGUUGAAUGCAGUAUUGAAGCCCAAUGAUAGAAUAAUGGGAUUGUCACUGCAACAUGGAGGCCACCUUACACAUGGACACUACACAAAUUUGAAGAGAGUUAACUGCUCAUCUCAUUACUUUGAGUCGCUCCCCUAUGUAACUGAUUUAGAAGGAGUGAUAGAUUACGAUAAACUUGAAGAGAACGCAAUAUUGUAUAGACCAAAGAUGAUAAUAGCAGGAGCAAGCGGAUAUCCUAGAAAAAUAGACUUUAAGAGAUUUAGGAGCAUUUGUGAUAAAGUUAAGGCUUUUCUGAUGGUAGAUAUCGCUCACUACUCCGGUCUGGUAGUUGCAGGGAAAUAUCCAUCGCCUAAGGAUUAUGCAGAUUUCAUUACAACAACAUCUCACAAAACUUUAAGAGGGCCAAGAUCAGCAAUUAUAUUUUAUAAAAAGAACAUUGAGUCUAAGCUCAGAAUUAAGAUUGAUGAGUCUGUUUCUCGCGAAAUCCAGUCCAGCAUCCAUUAUAACCAAGUUGCAGCUCUUUGUUUCCAGUUAAAACAAGUAAUUUCAGAUGCUUGGGUUAAAUAUGCUGGUAAAGUGUUGGAAAACUCUCAGCUCCUCUGCAAAUCACUUGAAGAGUCGGGAGUUAGUAUUCUCACGAAUGGAUCUGAUUCUCAUAAAGUCUUAAUAGAUGUUAGAUCGUUGAAUAUUUCUGGGGCUAAGGCUGAGAAAGCGCUAGAAGCAUGCGAAAUUUCGAUCAGUAGAAGUUCGUUACCUUGUGAUGGUAGAACAAUGAAUUGUAGUGGCAUUAGACUUGGGACUGCCGCCCUUACGAGCAGAGGAAUGGGGUUGGAUGAUUUCAAAUUCAUUUCUAAAAUAAUCACAGAAGUUUUAACUGUUGCUCGGGACAUUCAAAAAGAUGGAGAGACCCUUUCGGAGUUUACUUCCAAUAUCAGGGCUUCUCCAGCUAUAGAAAACAUUAAGCAAGCGGUGAAAAAUUUUGCCUCAUCUUUUGAGUUUGUUUCUAUUAAAAACAAGUUUUAG